AUGAGCACGUCGUCCUUCCGAAGCUCGACCGUAAAUCCGGACGAGAUAGCCCUAUUCUCCAAGCUUUCGUCUCAGUGGUGGGACGAACAGGGCGAAUGCAAGAUGCUCCAUCGCAUGAACCCCGUCCGCGUACAAUUUAUCCGGGAGAAAAUGCUCGAGAUGCAGCGGGAAGACACAGACACGGACGCUCAACUAGACCACCCAAAAGCCCUCGCUGGCCUCAAGAUCCUGGAUGUUGGCUGUGGUGGAGGUCUCCUCUGCGAGAGCCUCACGCGCCUCGGCGGGCUUACACUCGGCAUCGACGCAUCCGCCUCCAACGUUGCCAUCGCGUCCCUGCACGCUGCCGCUGACCCCGGGCUCCGCCUCAUCCCCGGUCCGUUCGUCCCUACCACUACCCCAGCACGUACGAGCAACCUCACAUACGAGCACACGUCCGCGGAGGAGCUCCUCGCGCGCGGCGGACCCGCGCAGUUCGACGUCGUGUGCUCUAUGGAGGUGCUUGAGCACGUCGACAACCCGCGCACCUUCCUCAGCACCUGUGCGCAGCUCGUCAAGCCCGGUGGACACCUCUUCCUCUCCACGAUCUCGCGCACGCCGCUCGCGUACGCACUGACGAUCCUCGCGGCCGAGCACGUCCUCCGGCUCGUCACGCCUGGCACGCACACGUACGCCAAGUAUGUGCGCCCGGACGAGCUGCUCGGUUUUUUCCAGGGAUUCUGUUGUCCCAGCCCCGGCGUGCUCGGCGACGGGGGCGCAGGGCGGCCAUGGAUCUCACGUCUGUACAACGGCGCGCCGGCGCGCACGGAGGCGGAGACGCGCGGGAUAGUGUACGUGCCGUGGACGGGCGCAUGGGCACUCGUACCGCGCGGCUCGCCGGGCGCGCGGUGGGGCGAGGGAUGUAACUACCUGCUCUGGGUACGGCGGCCCCUGGAAUAG